UUCCCAACCGCCAAUUCUGUCAAACAUCAAACAAGCGACGCGUUUGUUUACGUCGAAUGAGCAAACAAAGUGGGUGUUAUCUGUUGCAAUAAUAAUUAAACGUAAUUUAGUGAAUUAAACCUAGUGCAAAACUUGGUCUGUGCCAAAUGACGUCAUCCACCAGUACACCAUUAAGAAAAUCGGACGCCUCGCGUCUGUUCCGAACACCACAAUCGAUUGUUCGAGAGCAAGCAAACGACGAUGAAGCGGAACGAAGAAACCGACGUUCGGUGGCCACGCUCAACGAUUCCACAAUGGCUGCGGAGGAAAAUGAAAACAUUAAGAUGUGUUUGAAACUGUACUCGGAUAAUAAAAUGAGUAAGGAUAAUGCCUGGUCGCUAACGAUCAUCGACAGCUUCGCCACACUGAUGUCGCGCCAUUCGAAGUCGCUCCAGAACUUCCAGGUCGCCGGCUCAACGCUGGAAGCAUCCACGAAAGUGUACGGUCUGCGUGUCGAUUCCGUGCACACGGACGUGAUGCGCAUGUGUUCCGAGCUUACGCGUCAAACGGCCCGUGCCAUGAACAACAACCCGGCCGAAGAGGAUGACGCCGAGGACGGGGGAGCGACGGGCGAUCAAACGAUGGCGGAAGGUGGAGAGGGGAACGAUAAGGAAAACAACCAAACCGUCACUGCGCAGCCGAAAGCGAAAAAGAAACGUGCCCGUAAGGUGGUCAGCACGGUGACGAAGUCGAAAGAUUCGAUCAACGGCCCGCUGGACACGAACCCGUUCAUGGAUCCGUUCUUCGCGAAGCUGAACUCGGUCGUGGGUGAUGUGAACAGUUCGAGCCGCCUGAUGCAAAACAUUGUGCCGACAAAGAACGCCGAGCUGCGGCUCUGUAUGGAUUAUCCGUUCUGGGAUGGGACGGACUCGCUCGAGCUUGAUCUGGCGGACAGUGUGGCGGAUACGUACGAGGGCGUGGAAUGUAGCACGCUCCGAUUCUUUCCACUGGGACCGGAAAAUUUGCUACGAUCGUUACGGUCCGGCUAUUUGAUUACGGAUGCACCGGCAGAAGAUGACGAAGAGGAGGACGAUACGAGCCGAGCGCCGCUGGAUGAUCAUAUGGACGAUGUGGAGGCACGUGAACACGCCGGAUCGCUUAUGAACCGGUCCGCACUGGAUGUACACUUCGAUAUUAAUGCGGAAGUGGAACCGGUACCGUCCGGGGAUGCUUUCAUACUGGACUACGACGCAAAAGACAUUGACGGUAACGAUGACUUUGCGGAGGACGACGAGCUGGCACUGGAACAGUGCAAAGGGUUGAUGCGCAAAACGGUAGUUAUCGAGGAUAUGCGACCGAUCGAUACGUGUAGCUCGCAGCUUGAGUAUUCCUACCGGCCGCUCGAUAACAUAUCGCAGUUUUGGGCCGGUCCAGCCCAUUGGAAGUUUAAGCGAUCGAUGCGAUCCCGUGUGACGAUGGCCGCAAGCGAUACCGCUUCAACGGCUUCCACGAACUCGAAGGAACGUUUAGGCCGGCGAAAAAAACGGUUCGAGCUGGACACGCUUGACGAUGCGCUGAGUGUGAGCGAAAAGCUAUUCCUGGAUUACAACCCGAACCGGCCGCUUAAAGGCAUCACGCAUCUGAAGAGUUCGGUUUGCAAGAAAUGGGAAUCGAAAAAGCUAAAGCUACCCACGGACUACAAUCUCGACCCGAAUCGGUUCGAUGUGUACAAGUACGCGCUGGGGAUAACCAUCCAGGAUCAUGGUGGCGUUGGCGCAACGGACCUUGCCCCGUCGGAAACGUACAGCUGCGACGGUGGAGAUGAUCAGAUAUCGUGCAGCAAUGAUACGAAUGAUGGAGGUGAUAAUGACAUGAUGGUGAACCACGACGAUGGUGAGUUCCACCCGAUGGAGCACAGCGAUCGACCGCUCGAGCACGGAGAAAAAGAUAAGACGCUGAACGCCACCGUGGUUGAUGUAAUAUCUACAGAAUUCCAGGGCGCACCGGAUAGAGUACACAAGAUCAACAUCGCGUACGCCAAAACUGCCAAGGUGAUCGACAUGAAGCAGCUGAAGUACAACUGCUGGCGUAUCAUCAGCUCCCACGUGCAGGCCGAACUCGGACCACGUCCCUCCCAAAACCCUUCCCAGCUGGACGUCAGUCUGCCCCCGCCGACACAACCCGACGAGGCCAAGGUCACGUUUACCACCCUGUACCGCAAAGUACCGCAUCUACUGAGCAAAACGAUGAGUGAAAACAUUUCCAAAUCGCUCGCAUUCUACGCCGUGCUGCAUUUAGCGAACGAAAAGUCGCUGCUUCUGGGGCGACAGGAAGAUUUGAAAGAUUUUACCAUUAGAAAGGCAGAGGAAUGACCUAAUUUUCAUAAGCAGUGUUUGGUGGUAAGGAAUGUAUAUGUAAGCUUGUACCUUGUAAGAACUUGAACGAAUAAUGUUCUUGGAAAGGGGAGAACCCGCAUCCUUAAUAUGUUGGACACGUCGAAAGGAAGUUUGAUGCUUUUGAUAAGUGCACAUAAUGUUUUGCAAGUAAAAAUAUUAAAUGGCGUAUUGUAAAUAAGUAAUGGCUAUAAUUUGAGUGUGUGCAAAGGUAGAUUUUUUUUAUUGAGAAGGGCUCUUUCUUUCCUAAAGCGAAUAAUAAAGGAUUUUCGUGUAUAUUACACUCUAAUAA